UUUUCUAGUAUCAUUGCUUGUAGCAUUUUUUUCAUUUGUUUCCUCAAUCAUUUGUCUGCCAUAUUCAAAGUUGGUUAAUUAUAUAAAUAAUCAAUCGUAUGUUUUAUUUAGAGAUUGACUUGAUUUAAUUUGAUAAUGCUCUCUUCAUUUGUUUUCAAAUUAUAUUUUGGGUUUAAUGUCUUUUUUUUCAAUACAUGAAAUUUCUAGACAAUCUAGCUGAUAUCCAUAGUCUUAAAAAUAAAUGAAACAUGAUCGCUUUACCCAAAGACUUUCUUGUACAACUGUUAUGUUUUUUUAAUGUUUAUUUAUUUUGAGAGGCGGGAAGGUGCAGAGGAGAGGGAUAGAGAGAAUCCAAGCAGGCUCCGUGCUUUCAGUGCAGAGCCGGAUGCAGGGCUCUAACUCACAAACUGUGAGACCAUGACCAGAGACAAAGUCAAGAGUCAAAUACUGAACCAACUAAGCCACCCAGCUGCCCCAGAAUUGUUACUAUGUUAAUAGAAGAGUUGUUUGAUUAGUCCAAAUUGUUACAUGUAAUGUUCUCUUUUGAAUAUUUGUGUAAACACCAAUGGUGAAUAUGUUUUGGAAGAAUAGUGUACAGCAUUGAAGUUUUAGUAUACUGUUUCUAUAAGGAAAUAAUUUACAGUAUUUUCAUAAAUCAGUGGAGGAAUAUAGAAAACUACAUGAAAAAAAUACAAAACAUCAGAUCUAUAGUCUGUGGCAUUCUCAAGUCUGGAAACUUUGGGUUAAUCUAUGUAAUUACUGGACAUGUGUAUUUGUUGAGAGAAAAAAUCAGUGAGAAAGAGCCUUAGAACUUUAUUUUCUGAUGCAGUUUAAAAUAUCCAAAGAAUUAUAUUUUGCUACAUUCAUUAAAUACACCAUUAAUAUGCCAUUACACCUGGAAUCAUCUGGUUACAGAUAACCUCUUCACUUUUUAGAAUCAAUAUCUACUUGAAUGUUUGCAUUUAUUCAAGUGUCAGUACAAUUCUGCUUUAUUACUAGACUCUAAGAUUUGUGAUUUUUAAAAUUAUUUAUUAUUUUUUGAGCGAGAGAGAGAGAGAGCAUGAGCAGGGGAAGGGUAGAGGGAGAGGAGGAGAGAAUAUUAAGCAGGCUUCAUGCCCAGCAUGGAGCCAGACAUGCUGGGCUUGAUCUCAUGACUGUGAGAUCAUGACCUGAGCCAAAAUCAAGAGUCAGACACUUAACCGACUGAGCCGCCCAGGCACCCCGGACUCUAAGAUUUGUACUUGGAAAAUCAAUUCAACAUAAAAAUUGUUUAAAAUUUUGAAAUUCACAUGCUCAUCUUAAAUUAAUAAUCCUUCUUAAUGAAAUGUGGGUAUUUCAUUGGGUAUUAAAAUUCAUGAGUGUGUGUUGCUUAAGAAGAACUACCCUUUUGGGGCACCUGGGUGGCUCAGUUGGUUAAGCUUCCAACUUCAGCUCAGGUCAUGAUCUCCCAGUUCAUGGGUUCAAGCCGCACAUCUGGCUCUGUGCUGACAGCUCAGAGCCUGAAACCUGCUUCAUAUUCUGUGUCUCCCUCUCUCUGCCUCUCUCCCAUCCACUCUAUCUCGGUCUCUCUCAAAAACGAGUAAACAUUAAACAAAAAUUUUUUUAGAAAGAAGAACUACCCUUUUCAUUUUUGAUAUCUGAUUUACUGAAGAUGAUUUUCAGAUGCUUCUCUUUAAAUUUUUCAAAUACUGUAUCAGCUGCAAAGUAUGAAUAAAUAGGGGAAAUGGCAAUAAAAUAUUACGAAUGGGAUAGUAGGCUACAUUACCUGACCAAACAAAUGGUUUAUUGUUACAUGUGGGAACCUAUGACUACUUAAUUUUUAUUUUUUAAAUAUUUAUUUGAAGGGCAUCCAAUUAAUUUUUAUAUGGACAAUUCUGAUCACAGUGUAAAAUGUGCAGAUUCACUGAACAGCAAAUACAUCAAAAGAGUAACAAGAAUCUGUAUGAUGGAGGAUGGAGACUGAUACCAUUCACUCUUACAAGAAAACUCAUUUUUUCAUUAUAUUUUAUAAUAAAUAUUAUUUUUUCUUUUCAUUAUAUUUUAAUGAAGAUGUUAUAGACUUUGGAUAUGUGUCCUGAGUAAACCUCUAUAAACUUCAAUAGACUUUAUAUAAUGAAAUGCUUGAUCCAACACUCUGAGUGUAUAUACUGUGUAUACUCCAUAUUCUUUGAAAUAUUUGAAUCUUUAGUUUCACAUGUGCUCUGAAAAGAUAACUGUCCUAUACUAAUUUAAGUGUUCACACCAUAUUGUUCAGUCAUGUUUUGGAGCAAAGUCUCGAAUCUGUUUUUUAUGUUUGUAUGAAGUAGAGAUGUCCAUGAGUUUCUGCCUAGAAUCCUGAAUACAAUGAACAGUUUAAGAUGUCUAAUGCUAUUCCACUAUGAGUUCAGCAUUGCUACACAUCCGCUAAGUUUUAGAAUGACAAUGUAUUGUGUAGGUUAAAAAAGUUUCUUUAUGAAGAUUUCUAGUUUGGAAAUGGAAUUAAACCUGUAAGACCUAUCAGAAACAUAAAAUUGACAUGCUUAUUUACAAGGCAAGAAUGUCAGUAACAAAGGGUUGGGGUGAUCUGAUAGUAACCUUGGGACCAAAAUAAGUGGAUGACAUAGAUUACUUUCUUUAGAAUAUGUGAUUAUAAGGACUCAUACUUCACUCCCCAAAUUCGAAUAACUCACCGUUCCUAAGCUACUUGAGAAGAAACAGUACCAUUAGAGACAAUGGUAAAGUAGUGUGGAAAAAAUAAAAUCAGAGGAAUAGUUUUUGAAUCCUAGUCAUUUGAAAGUAGACACUUGGAAACUAACAAGGAGUUUCUUCUUGCUUCUUACCAUACUCCUGUUUUAUAAGAAUAAUCAGUCUCUUUGCUUACGUAUCAAUUAUUUGGGGGGUAAGGUGACAAUGAUAAUAUAGAAGGAAGUGAAACACAGGAUACAACUAAAAGCUAUGAUAUUUGUAACAUUUUUAAGUUAGAAAAAAAGAAAAUAGAGUGGAGUAGUAACAAUACAUAUCAAGCUGAUAUUUCAAGAAUUUUCCUAUUACACUUUCUGCUGCACCACCACUACUUUCAUUUGUGUCAUUUUCUACAUAUUAUUUUAUUUGGUCUUCAAUUUUACUAAGUAACACAGGGAAGAUGUUAUUAUAGCCAUUUUAUGAAAAUGGAAAUGAAAAGCACUACGAUGCCAAUGUCUUCAGCAAGUUACCUCUGCUCUUUGAGGAGUAAAAAUGACUUGAUUUAGAUGGAUAAAGCUCAGGUUCAAAUAAAAUCACAGCCAGACCAAAGAUAGAGUGAAUAUUUAAAAUGUUAAAAUCCUUGUAAAAUGAGAAAAAUGAGUAUCUAUAUCAGGACACAGUAGAAUUUUCUUCUAACCCACUCCUUACUUGGAGCUGAUGUAGUAACCACUACUGCAGUUCUGCAGCCCAGACGCGGGGUGCCGCUGUUGGCUAGUACUGAGCGAAGUAUCAGCUUCUCCUGGCGCAAAGGAAUCGCCAGCCCACCGCGGAACCGCGAGAAUUGGACACUCUGCCUCUGGCUCUGUGACCCUAAGAUAUUUGUUAGAACCCGCCUGCCAAGACAAAUCAAGGAGUUGCUCCUGCUCGGAGAAUUCUUGGGAUAAUUUAACGACCAUAGCUCUUCAGAGUCAGAAAGGCAAAGGCGCUGAAAGCGGGAUGAGCGAUCACUUGGGAUUGAAGGGCCCGGCUGGGCGGAGACAAAUGCUGUUUCUCUCUUUGCUGUCUUUGUUCUGCCCGGUGAUCUCGGAGCAGAUCCUCUAUACUAUUCCGGAGGAGCUGGCCAGGGGCUCGCUUGUGGGAAACCUCGCCAAGGAUCUGGGGGUUGGCGUUGGAGAUUUGCCUGCUCGAAACCUGCGUGUUAGUGCACAGAAGAAACUGUUUACAGUGAGUACUGAGAAUGGGGACUUACUUGUUAGUGACCGUAUAGACCGAGAGCAGAUUUGUGGCGAGAAGUCGACAUGUGUUCUAGAAUUCGAAUUGGUGGCCGAAAAGCCUUUGAACUUCUUUCAUGUAAGUGUGGUAAUUCAGGAUGUCAAUGACAAUCCACCAACCUUUAGCCAAAAUAUCACUGAAUUGGAAAUCAGUGAACUGGCCGUAAUUGGAGCCUCCUUUGCCCUGGAACCCGCGCAAGAUUCAGAUGUAGGUGUCAAUUCCCUGCAGCAGUACUACCUCAGUCCCAACCCACACUUCUCUUUGAUCCAGAAGGAGAACCCAGAUGGCAGUAGGUACCCAGAACUGGUAGUGAAGACUCCCCUGGACAGGGAAGAGCAGUCACGCCACCACCUGGUCCUCACGGCUGUGGAUGGGGGUGACCCAGCCAGAAGCUGCACUACCCAGAUCAUGGUGGUUGUGGCAGAUGCAAAUGAUAAUGCACCAGUGUUCACCCAGGACAUUUACAGGGUCAGUGUUCCAGAGAACCUGCCUGUGGGCUCCUCUGUACUAAGAGUGAUGGCCACUGACUUGGAUGAAGGGGUCAAUGCUGUGAUCACCUACACUUUCAUCAACAUUGGUAGGGCAGUGAGACAGCUGUUCAAACUGGACAGUACAACAGGGGAACUCACCACUGGCGGAGGACUGGACUUUGAAGAGAGAGCGAGCUACACAAUUGGGGUGGAAGCAAAGGAUGGUGGACAUCACACAGCACACUGUAAAGUACAAAUAGAUAUUUUGGAUGAAAAUGACAAUACACCAGAGAUAACCUUGGAUUCUGAAUCUAAACAUAUUCUAGAAGAUGCUGAGUUGGGGACUGUUGUUGCCCUGAUCAAAACCUAUGACCUCGAUUCUGGAUUUAAUGGGGAAGUUUUCUGCCAACUAAAAGGAAAGUUCCCAUUUAAAAUAGUUCAAGAUACAAAAAACACAUACAAGUUGGUCACAGAUGGAGCCCUAGAUCGAGAGCAGACUCCGGAAUACAACAUUACCAUCACAGUCACCGACAGGGGAAGGCCAGCCCUCUCCUCCAACAGAAGUGUCAUCUUGAACAUUGCUGAUGUCAAUGACAAUGCUCCUGUUUUCCACCAGGGCUCUUACGUGGUCCACGUGGCAGAAAACAACCCGCCCGGAGCUUCUAUUUUCCAAGUCAGCGCCUCAGAUCCUGACCUGGGGCCCAACGGCCGUGUGUCCUACUCCAUCGUGGCCAGCGACCUGGAGCCACGGGUGCUGGCGUCCUACGUGUCCGUGAGCGCGCAGAGCGGCGUGGUGUUCGCGCAGCGCGCCUUCGACCACGAGCAGCUGCGCGCCUUCGAGCUGACGGUGCAGGCCCGCGACCAGGGCUCGCCCGCGCUCAGCGCCAACGUGAGCCUGCGCGUGUUGGUGGGCGACCGCAACGACAACGCGCCUAGGGUGCUGUACCCGGCGCUAGGGCCCGACGGCUCGGCGCUCUUCGACACGGUGCCGCGCGCCGCGCAGCCCGGCUACCUGGUCACCAAGGUGGUGGCGGUGGACGCCGACUCGGGACACAAUGCGUGGCUGUCGUACCACGUGCUGCAGGCCAGCGAGCCCGGACUCUUCAGCCUGGGGCUGCGCACGGGCGAGGUGCGCACCGCGCGUGCUUUGGGCGACAGGGACGCGGCCCGCCAGCGCCUGCUGGUUGCCGUGCGGGAUGGAGGACAGCCGCCCCUUUCCGCAACUGUCACGUUGCUCCUGGUUUUCGCCGACAGCCUGCAAGAGGCGCUGCCGGAUGUCAGCGACCGUCCGGAGCCCUCUGACCCCCAGGCCGAGCUGCAGUUUUACCUGGUGGUGGCCUUGGCCUUGAUCUCGGUGCUGUUUCUCCUAGCAGUGAUUCUAGCGGUUGCGCUGAGCCUGCGACGCUCCUCCCGCCCUUCCUCCUGGAGCUGCUUUAAGACUGAUGUCUGCUCCAAGACUGGAUCUGGGGUUAUUCCCAACUUUAGCGAAGGGACUUUGCCUUAUUCUUACAAUCUAUGUGCUGCCUCACAUUCCUCAGAGACUGAGUUUAAAUUUCUCAGUAUAAAGCCUGAAAAUGGUCCAUCACAAGAUCUUCUAUGUAAUGAAGCCUCUUGGUUUGAAAGUGCCAAUAAUGAUAAUCGCAAAAUGACUUCUAAUUCAGUCAAUUUGCAACAGCAAGCCCCGCCCAACACGGACUGGCGAUUCUCUCAGGCCCAGAGACCUGGCACCAGCGGCUCCCAAAAUGGCGAUGAAACCGGCACUUGGCCCAACAACCAGUUUGACACAGAGAUGCUUCAAGCCAUGAUCUUGGCCUCUGCCAGUGAAGCUGCUGAUGGGGGCUCCACCCUGGGAGGGGGCGCUGGCACCAUGGGCCUGAGUGCCCGCUACGGGCCCCAGUUUACCCUGCAGCACGUGCCGGACUACCGCCAGAACGUCUACAUCCCCGGCAGUAACGCCACACUGACCAACGCGGCUGGCAAGCGAGAUGGCAAGGCCCCCACCGGUGGCAAUGGCAACAAGAAGAAGUCAGGCAAAAAAGAGAAGAAGUAACGUGGAGGCCAGGCCAAGAGCCACGGGGCAACUUCCCUCCCCAACCAGCCCAGCCUCUCCGUAUCUGUACCCAGGCCUCAUAUUUUCAGGGCUCACCCCCAGAUACUGGUAGGGGUCCAGGCCAUGCUCCCUUUGAGAAACAGAAACAAGUGCCCAGUCAACACCCCCCUCUCUGCCCCCAAGGGAUUGAAUAUGCAAAAGGGAGUUCUGCUGGGAACCCCCAUCCAGUCAAUUGCUGUGCCCAUGGGGGUAGUGGGGUUAGUGUAGACACCAUUUAUCACACCCCCUUUAGUUACAGCUGAACUUUGCCAUCUUCCAAAUUCAAUCAGGCCCAUCCACAAUUCCCUGCCUCGCUCCUGUCACCCCACCCCCUCAGCAGCUCCUCUUUCUUGAAUAAGGUGGUGGGGGUGUUGAGGUACCUGGUGACCUAAAAAGGCUCGUAGUUCUGAAGAGUUGGAAGGGCGUCAUAACCUCUUGGCCUCUCCAGUUCUCAGACUGCCCCCAAAGCAUGGUUUGGUGCCUGUCCCUUCAUCUCCUUCCAGAGCCCAAGACCAAGCUCAAGUUUUGGCAGACAUGGUCACCAUUGCCAUGGUACUGACGCUUGCUGGAUUUAGGGAGGGCACUUUGCUACCGUGCCUCUUCCCAGCGCCCUUGGGACCAGUCUUUUGUUCUGUUUUUCAUUGUUUGAUGUUCCCGCUGCAUGCCGUGACUUCCCCCUCUCCAAACAAGAGACUUCAUUGCAUGUUUCAAGACAGUAUGGGGUGGUAAGAUAAAGAAGGGAAGGGUGUGGACAUAGGGGAUGGACAAAGCUUGACUUGCCAGUUAUCAGGAUCUUGCAGAAGGCUCUGUGUCCCCAGGGUACUGGCCAGAUCCCCAAUUCCAGCCAUAAACCAAGUACCAGGCUGGACUCUCGUUUACCACAUUCAAGGCUUGCUCACUCACCUCAGGCAGUGAGCUUUGGGCUGAGCUGUUAGCACCAAUGGAUUUAAACUGGCAUUAUAGUCAAAGGAAGGUCUGAGGACGUUUGGGACCAGGUCCCCUGGAGAGGUCAGAGGGCCCUCUGUGGGUGCUGGGUACUCCAGAGGUGCCACAGGUAGAAGAAUCAGUGUGGCCCUAACAGUGAGGCAGGGCCAGCUAGGCGGUUCUUGGUCCCUGGGUUGGGGAGGCAUGGAGCUACAGCAGGGACCAGGUGGACAGAAAGUCUCAGCCUAGGAUCCCGGCUUCUCCACAGGGCCCCUGCACUCCUCCAGCCUCUGUUCCUUCAUCUUGCCAGGUGCCAUUUCUUCUCCGUGAAGGCCAAUGCCCAGCCCCCCUCCCCCCAGUCUGCUCCCUAGUGGCCAGAGCCUGGUUAAAGUCCCCCAGUGCCUCCUUGUGCAUAGACCUUUCUCUGCCCAUCCCCUUCUGCCCACCCCCUCCCCCAGGCCCGUUCCUCCAGUGGGGCUGCGCAAGAACCCCACCCCAACCCUUACAGUAGUGUAGAGCCCCCUCCCUCUUUCGGCUGGUGUAGAAUAGCCAAUAGUGUAGUGCGGUGUGCUUUUCCGUGAUGGCGGGUGGGCGGAGGGCUCCGCGCAGCCAUCUGUCGUUGAAUCCGCCUGCGGCGGCCCGUGCUGUGUUUUGUGCUGUGUCCAUGCGCUGCGGCGACCCCGUCCCCUGUACUGACUCCUAUAAGUGCUUCUCUUCGCAUAGUCAUGUAGCUCCCCACCCACUCCCCUUCCUGUGUCUCACGCAAGUUUUAUACUCUAAUAUUUAUAUGGCUUUUUUUCUUUGAAAAAAAAAAAUUAAAAGGUUUCUUCUGAAA